UCGAAAAUUUAUUGUUCACACGCAUGCGCUGCGAAAAUUGUCAAAUUUAUAUAUAACAUAUAUAGAUGUGAGCUCAGAAUUCACAAGUAGUAUUUGUAUACCGAGAAAAAUAACAACUAAUUUGUGAAAAAUGCCAUGCGUCGGAUGUGAAAAGGAAUGCAACUGCACCGCAGAGAAGUGCUCUGAGAGCUGCAAAUGCAACUCGCCUGGCAAAUGCGGCUGUAACCCAUCCAAAUCAGCCAAAACUUCGAGCGGCGGUUGCUGCAAAAAAGUUGAGGGUGAUGGUGAGAACAAAGAAGAGCAUGAGUGUUGUAAGAACGCCAAGAACUGAAUUAAGAAAGAUGAAUAUAUUAUAAAAGAACCAAAUCGAUGUAUUUUGCUUGCAUUUCAUGAAAAUAUAUCCGCUAGUAAGCUAUGUAUUUGUCAUCAUUUAACAUAAUCAAAAUGUUAUUACUAUACAUUUAACAAUAACUAAAUGAACUAAACUAUCGUAUAAAAUAAAAUACCUUUACCAAAA